GCAGAAACACAAUCAAUCACUUCUUCCUCAUCUUCUUCAAACAUUACACACUUUCUCCAGUUUUUUUCUUCCCUUAAUAAUUCGGAGAGAAAGCCUUAGUAGCCGGUUAAAAUUAUCCGGUGAAACAAUGGCGACUCCGGCAUGGAGUCAUGCCAAGGGUCAAUGGGUAGUAGCCAUUUUGGCGCUACUUGUUGGCUCGGCAAUCGCUACCGAACCUUACAUUUACAGUUCUCCUCCACCACCGUAUGAGUAUAAAUCUCCACCGCCUCCGGUUGCAUCUCCUCCACCUCCUUAUGAAUACAAAUCUCCUCCCCCUCCGGUUAAGUCCCCUCCACCACCGUAUGAGUAUAAAUCUCCUCCUCCUCCAGUUAAGUCUCCUCCACCACCUUAUUACUACCACUCUCCACCACCACCUGUGAAGUCUCCUCCUCCUCCUUAUGUAUACCAUUCUCCUCCUCCUCCCGUUAAGUCACCUCCACCACCGUAUUACUACCAUUCUCCACCUCCCCCGGUGAAGUCUCCACCACCACCAUAUUAUUACCACUCUCCACCUCCUCCGGUGAAGUCUCCACCACCACCAUAUUAUUACCACUCUCCACCACCACCAGUGAAAUCUCCUCCACCACCAUACUACUAUCACUCACCACCUCCUCCGGUGAAGUCUCCACCACCACCUUACUACUAUCACUCUCCACCACCUCCAGUGAAGUCUCCUCCACCACCAUACUAUUAUCACUCUCCUCCUCCUCCGGUGAAGUCUCCACCACCACCGUACUACUACCAUUCUCCACCACCACCAGUUAAAUCUCCACCACCACCUUACUACUAUCACUCUCCACCACCUCCGGUGAAGUCUCCUCCACCACCAUACUACUAUCACUCUCCUCCUCCUCCAGUCAAGUCUCCACCACCACCGUACUACUACCACUCUCCUCCUCCACCGGUCAAGUCUCCACCACCACCGUACUACUACCACUCUCCUCCUCCACCGGUCAAAUCUCCACCACCACCGUACUACUACCAUUCUCCUCCUCCUCCAGUUAAAUCUCCACCGCCGCCAUACUAUUAUCAGUCUCCACCACCACCGGUCAAAUCUCCUCCACCUCCAUACUACUACCAUUCACCGCCUCCUCCCGUGAAAUCACCACCUCCACCUUACUAUUACUCAUCUCCACCACCACCAAAAUCUUACCCUCCACCAUACUACUACUCAUCUCCACCACCACCACCAAAGUCGUACUCUCCACCAUACUACUAUUCAUCACCACCACCUCCGGUGUCAUAUCCUCAUCCUCACCCACACACACAUCCACUUGUCUUCAAAGUUGUUGGUAAGGUGUAUUGUUACAGAUGCUAUGACUGGACAUACCCUAAAAAGUCCCACGAUAAGAAGCAUCUCAAAGGUGCUGUUGUGGAAGUGACUUGUAAGGCCGGUGACAAGACAGUGAAGGCAUACGGAAAGACCAAAAUCAACGGUAAAUACGCAAUUACCGUUAAAGGAUACAACUACCGUAAAUACGGUGGUGAAGUCUGCACGGCCAAGCUUCAUGCUCCGCCUAAGGGAUCGCCAUGUAACAUUCCUACAAGUUACCAUAUGGGUAACAAAGGUGCAAAACUCCAUGUGAAAUCAAAGACAAAGUACGAGAUUGUGCUUUAUGCUAAGUCAUUUGCUUAUGCACCAAAGAAACCUUACGGUGAAUGCCACAAACCGGCUCCUUACCAUCCUCCAUACUACUACAAAUCUCCACCACCACCGUCUCCGGUUUACUACUACAAGUCACCACCACCACCGGCUCCAACCUACGUCUACAAGUCUCCACCACCACCAACUCCAACUUAUGUCUACAAAUCACCACCCCCACCAACCCCAACUUAUGUCUACAAAUCACCACCACCACCAACUCCAACUUACGUCUACAAGUCACCACCACCGCCAACCCCGACAUAUGUUUACAAAUCACCACCACCACCGACUCCGACAUACGUGUACAAAUCACCACCACCACCAACCCCGACUUAUGUCUACAAGUCUCCACCACCACCAACCCCAACCUAUGUCUACAAAUCACCACCACCACCAACUCCAACUUACGUAUACAAGUCACCACCACCGCCAACCCCGACAUAUGUUUACAAAUCACCACCACCACCGACUCCGACAUACGUAUAUAAGUCUCCACCACCACCAACCCCGACUUAUGUCUACAAGUCUCCGCCACCACCAACCCCAACCUAUGUCUACAAAUCUCCGCCACCACCGACUCCAACUUACGUCUACAAGUCUCCGCCACCACCAACCCCAACCUAUGUCUACAAAUCACCACCACCACCAACUCCAACUUACGUCUACAAGUCACCACCACCGCCAACCCCUACAUAUGUUUACAAAUCACCACCACCACCGACCCCGACAUAUGUCUACAAGUCACCGCCUCCACCAACUCCGACUUAUGUCUACAAAUCACCACCACCACCGACUCCAACCUAUGUUUAUAAAUCACCACCUCCUCCUACUCCGACUUACGUCUACAAGUCGCCUCCUCCUCCUACUCCAACUUAUGUUUACAAAUCACCACCCCCUCCAACGCACACUCCUACACCAUACUACUACAACUCUCCACCACCACCUGUAAAAUCUCCUCCACCUCCAUAUUACUACCACUCACCACCACCACCCGUCAAAUCCCCACCACCUCCAUACUACUACCAUUCACCACCACCUCCGGUCAAGUCUCCUCCACCACCAUACUACUAUCAUUCACCACCUCCUCCGGUGAAAUCUCCUCCUCCUCCUCCUUACUAUUACCACUCUCCACCUCCUCCGGUGAAGUCCCCACCCCCUCCUUACUACUACCACUCCCCACCUCCUCCGGUGAAGUCGCCACCACCACCAUACUACUACCACUCCCCACCUCCUCCGGUCAAGUCGCCACCACCACCAUAUUACUACCACUCCCCACCUCCUCCGGUCAAGUCGCCACCACCACCAUACUACUACCACUCCCCUCCUCCACCAGUGAAAUCGCCACCACCACCAUACUACUACCACUCCCCUCCUCCACCGGUGAAGUCACCACCACCACCAUACUACUACCACUCCCCUCCUCCACCGGUGAAGUCACCACCACCACCAUACUACUACCACUCACCACCUCCACCGGUGAAAUCUCCACCACCACCAUACUACUACCACUCACCACCUCCACCGGUGAAAUCACCUCCACCACCUUACUACUACCACUCACCACCUCCACCGGUGAAAUCUCCACCACCACCAUACUAUUACCAUUCACCACCUCCUCCCGUCAAGUCUCCUCCUCCACCAUAUUACUACCACUCACCACCUCCACCUGUGAAAUCUCCUCCUCCACCGUACUACUACCACUCACCACCUCCACCGGUGAAAUCACCUCCACCACCUUACUACUACCACUCACCUCCCCCACCAGUGAAAUCACCUCCACCACCUUACUACUACCACUCACCACCCCCUCCAGUCAAAUCUCCUCCUCCACCUUACUACUACCAUUCACCACCUCCUCCGGUGAAGUCCCCACCACCACCAUACUAUUACAACUCUCCACCACCACCAGUAAAAUCUCCUCCACCUCCAGUCUACAUUUACGCUUCUCCCCCACCUCCUACCCAUUACUAGGCUCAUCAAAUUCAACAAAAUUUCCGCUUUAUUCAAGUUUUCUUUCUAAAAAUGAAAUAAAGGAAGGGUCAAAGUCAAAGAUGAGAAGAAGUGAACCAAAUAAGGAUCGUCUCGUGGAAACCCUGAAGAAUACAUCUCCAACAAUGAUCCACAUCACUUCCUCUUCUUCAAUGUCGCUCAUCUUCCACUUCUGCAUUAUCAUCUUCGCGUCUUCGUCAAGUCGAUUGUUUCCAAGACCCUUUUAGAUCGUAUCAUAGUACUUUUCUUUGUAACCUUUUUUUAUCGUUAUUUAUUUGUUGUGCAUACAUUUUCUAUCUACUUUUUUUAUGUAAUGAGUGAGGUGUUAGCAAAUAAAAAAGAUGUUCAGUUUCGUGUUUCAUAA